AUUUGAUAUUUUCGUUUAUACUCUGUAGAUCAUGAUCGAAACGACAUAGAAUGCUGCAAAUAUCCGCCAGAUCAUCAGCAUCCAAACUGCAUGAACAUAGAAAUUCCUCGAAACGAUCCAUUUUUUAAAUUUUAUCGUAGAAGAUGUUUAGAUUUUGCUCGUAUCUUACCAGGCCAUAAACCAGGAUGCCGCUUGGGCCCGAGAUUUCAGAUUAAUACCAUAUCAGCUUACAUUGAUGCCAGUUUUGUUUAUGGAAACAACCAAGAUAUUGCAAGUAGACUGAGAUUAUUCAGAGGAGGAAAAUUAAAGUCGACUAGUAUGUAUGGAGAUUUGGGUCUAAAAGAUCUAUUACCCAUGAAAACAAUCGAAGCUGAUGUGGGCUGCAUGGCAAGACCCAGAAAUGUUUACUGCUUUGACGCUGGUAAGUACUUUAUUCAAUUUUUUUUUUAUCUAACACGAAAAAAUAAUUACAUUUCCUACGAUAAAAUCUGGUAUUUAAAAUAAUACGAAAUACAGUAUCAUUUUGUUUAUAAAUGGAAAUCUGCAAUAUGGAUUCCUCAAGUUGAAAUUGUUAGAUUAUGAAACGUAUGAGUUAUAAGAGAAAUGUUACAGUAGACCCCCCCUAUAACACUGUAGAUAAUUCCGUGUUAUAUGAAUUCCAUGU